AUGGCUGAUCCUUCUUCUUCUUCUUCUUCUUCUUUUUUCCAACGGAGCUAUGAUGUCUUCCUCAGCUUUAGAGGGGAAGACACCCGCAAUAACUUCACUGCCCAUCUCUAUAAGGAGUUACGCAUCAAAGGUAUCAAUACUUUCAGCGAUGAUGACAAGCUUGAGAGAGGCCAAGUCAUAUCCCCUGCGCUUGUUGCAGCUAUUAAAAACUCCAUGUUUUCUAUCAUUGUUUUGUCAGAAAACUAUGCAUCUUCUAGGUGGUGCUUGGAGGAGCUGGUGAAGAUACUGGAGUGCAAGGAAUCCAGGGGGCAGAGGGUUCUCCCUAUUUUCUACAAUGUGGAUCCCUCUGAUGUGAGAAAACACAUGGGAAAAUUUGGAGAAGCAUUGGCUAAGCAUGAAGAGAAUUUCAAGGAGAAUAUGGGGAGGGUGCAGAUUUGGAGGAUGCUCUCACUCAAGUUGCCAAUUUAUCCGGGUGGGAUUCACGGAAUAACAUUCCUGGAGCUUGCAUCAACUGUAAAAGGGAUACAAACGGUUGCGCAUAACCAGAAACAUCUUCAAGUCCAUCAAUGA